UUUGAAAAUUUGAAAUUGUUAUUUUGAACAAAGAUGGCGCGCUUGUCGGAGUUGCCUGCUGCGGGAGCUCUCGUGGUCCUUUUCCAUCGCGAACCAGCAAACUAUGCCGUUUGAACGAUUUGUGCAGACAGGCCGUGUGUGCCUUGUGAAUGAUGGCCCCAACCAGGGAAAAUUGGUCACAAUUGUGGACGUUAUUGACCAAAACAGAGUUUUAGUCGACGGACCUCAGUCAAAUAUCCCAAGAGGUCAAAUGAGAUUGAGCGAACUUCAUCUCACAAAAUUCCAGUUGAAAUUCCCAUUUACUGGAUCAACCCGCGUUGUCCGUAAGGCCUGGGAAGCGGCCGAGCUAGACAAAAAAUGGAGCGAAACUGUUUGGGCCAAAAAAGCCGCUGCUAAAGCGAAGCGAUUGACGCUCAGCGAUUUCGAUCGUUUCAAAUUGAGGAAGGCGCGCCAAAUGCGCAACAAAUUCAGAACGGAUGCUUUCUACCGAUUGAAGAAAGCAACGAAGAAAUCUAAAAAAGGAGCACCAGCAGCUAAAGACUCCAAAAAAACUGAAAAGAAAUCCAAGAAGUAGUUUGAUAAAUACUUCAAAUAAAUCUUAUUAAAACUAA